AUGACUGUGAAUGAGAAGGUUGUAGUAUUAACUACUGAACAUUUAAAGCACUUAAAUGAAAAGUUGCAAGAUUUGCAACCUCAAGAAAUUAUCAGAUGGGCAUAUUUAACAUUUCCAAACUUAUAUCAAACUACAGCUUUUGGAUUGACUGGAUUAGCUACCAUCGAUAUGAUCUCGAAACUUAAAUCAACAGAAGAAUCCAACCACAUAAUAGAUCUUAUCUUUAUAGAUACGUUACAUCAUUUCCCUCAAACAUAUGAUUUAGUUAAAAAUAUAGAAAGCAAAUAUCAUCCAAAACUUCAUACUUUCAAACCUUUGAAUGUUGAGAAUGAGAAUGAAUUUGCUGAAAAAUACGGAGAUCAGUUAUGGGAAACCAACGACGAAUAUUACGACUUUUUAGUUAAAGUCGAACCAUCUCAAAGAGCAUACAAGGAGUUAAAUGUAGUAGCAGUACUAACCGGUAGAAGAAAAUCUCAAGGUGGAGCUCGUGGUGACUUACCUGUUAUUGAAAUUGAAGAAUCCAGUGGAACUAUAAAGAUAAAUCCAUUAGUGAAUUGGUCGUUUGGUCAAGUUAAACAAUAUAUUGAUGAAAACAAUGUCCCUUACAAUGAAUUAUUGAAUUUGGGCUACAAAUCCAUAGGCGAUUGGCAUUCGACUGCUCCGGUAACGGAGGGAGAAGACGAGAGAAGUGGUAGAUGGAAAGGAAAAGCUAAGACGGAAUGUGGGAUCCAUCAGACGAGUAGUUUCACCCAUUAUUUGCAAGCGGUUAACAAGAAUUCUAUUUCUCAAUAG